AUGGGUGAAGAUAUCCCGCGAGUUGGUGGGUUUUCGGCUGGGCUGGCUGUGAUAUUGAACGGUGAGGACGGCAAGAAAAAUUUGCCAAAAACUCGGCUUCUUUCUUGCUGUGACGAUUUGGGUCAGCAAUCGGUGGAGCGAACCCUUGAGUACGUGUUUGGCCUCCGAAACAGAUCGCUCAAUUCAUUGACUGGUCGGGUUGAUCGUGGUUUUAUACACUCUGUCAUUAGAAAUGAUUUCUCAAGAUAUAUUGUGAAAUUUAAUGAUUCGUAUAGUGAAAGUGAUGGGAUUUGUUAUAUUAAUGGUAAAAAUGGCAACGGGCCUGAUAUUAUAGGCCUAGAAGUAUCCAGCAUCUGUGGUGAUAUUAAAGUCAUCAAGUCACCUUUUCUUAUAGAGAGCAUGGCGAUGUUUAGUAGUGCCAGGGCUAGUGCUUGUGUUUGGAAGGGAAAAUGGAUGUAUGAGGUUAUGUUGGAAACAUCUGGCAUACAGCAACUUGGUUGGGCCACUCUUUCUUGCCCUUUUACUGACCAUAAAGGUGUUGGCGAUGCUGAUGAUUCAUAUGCUUAUGAUGGGAGGCGAGUUAGCAAGUGGAACAAGGAUGAUGAGACAUAUGGCGAGUCAUGGGUUGUUGGUGAUAUUAUUGGAUGUUGUAUAGACUUAGAUCGAGAUGAAAUAUUAUUCUACAGGAAUGGUAAUUCACUUGGGGUGGCAUUCCAAGGAAUUCGAAAAAUGGGUCCAGGUUUUGGUUACUAUCCAGCAGUUUCUCUAUCCCAGGGUGAAAGAUGUGAGUUAAACUUUGGAGCUCGACCCUUUAAGUAUCCAAUUGUAGGCUACCUUCCUCUUCAGGCUCCUCCCUCUAAGAACUACUAUGUCACCCAAUUACUGCAAUGCUGGUCAAGAUUGUUGGACAUGCAUUCAGUAGAACGAGCUGAUCAUUCCUUAGCUCAGAAAUUGAGAAGGGUGAAGAGAUUUGAUUCAUUGGAAGAAAUUUUCCAUCCUGCUUCUUAUGCUAUAUGUGAGGAAUUAUUCUCUAUACUUGAAGCCGAUGUUGGGACCACAGAGUAUAUGGUUUGGGGUCCACUGUUGUCUUUCAUGUUUGAAGUUUUUGGUUUGCAUGCACCCCAUGAUUACUCAAGCUUGGAUAAAGUAGUUGAGGUUAUGCUGCAAUUUCAAGGAUCCCAUGUGCUAUUUGAACACAUCCUAAAUGCUCUUUCCUGUGGUUGUAAAAUAGCCUUAUUAAUUUUAACUGAAUGUCCUUAUUCUGGAUCAUAUUCUCACCUUGCAUUGGCAUGUCAUCUUCUAAGACGAGAAGAACUUAUGGUGCUUUGGUGGAAGUCACCAGAUUUUGAAUUCUUGUUUGAAGGUUUUCUGUCACAAAAGACUCCAAACAAACAGGAUCUUGACUCCAUGAUACCAACUGUUUGGUGGCCUGGUUCUUGUGAGGAUGCAUCUUAUGAAGGUAACAUGAUGUUGACAACCACAGCUUUAUCUGAAUCAGUCAGCAAGAUUGAGGAGAAGCAUAGGGACCUUUGUCGUUUAGUGAUACAAUUUAUACCACCUACGAAUCCUCCCCAGCUACCUGGAGCAGUAUUUAGGACAUUUUUACAGAGCCUUCUACUGAAGAACAGAGGAGCAGAACGGAAUAUUCCACCCCCUGGUGUUUCUAGCAACUCAGUUCUUGUUUCAAUUUACACAGUUGUACUCCAUUUUCUAUCUGAAGGAUUUGCCUUGGGUGACAUCUGUGGCUGGUUAAAGAGCUGCAAAGCAGAUGGUGGUUUCCUUCAUAGAGGUGGUGAACAAAGCUUUCCUGUUCAUUUAUUUCUUAAAAGUGAUCCCCAUAGGGUUGAUAUCUCCAGGCUUGGGGGAUCCUAUAACCAUUUAUCAAAGCUGCACCCUACAUUUGAUCAUGAAAUGGAAGUAAUUCAAUGGGAUGAAGGUUGCAUGGAUAGUGAAGAAACCAGGGUUACUCAUUCAACCAGGCAAAAGCCAUGCUGUUGUUCUAGUUAUGAUUCUGAUUUUACAAGGAACUUCAAGGUUCCUGCUAAAUACCUGGCCAAAGGUUCUCGUGGUCAUUGUAGCUCUAUUCCAGAAAGACCAGCUCAUGUCACUGCUGAAUGCAGUGAUGGGAGUCUGAAUGAUGAGAUAACUGAUAAACCUAGCUCCAGUGAUCAAUCUGAACCUGAAUAUGGUUACCGCCAAGUGCACCAUAUGAAGCCUGUACCAAAGGAUACUAAUAUCUCUACAGCUACACUACGAGAAGAAGAGCUACUUGAUGAUUUGCUAUGGUUGUAUCAUGUCGGUCUUGCUCCAAAUUUUAAGCAGGCAUCAUACUACAUGACUCAUCAGACACAGUCAAUUUCCCUUUUGGAGGAAACUGAUAAGCAAAUAAGAGAUCGAGCUUGCGGUGAGCAAUUGAAGCAUUUAAAAGAAGCUCGUAAUGAGUAUAGAGAAGAGGUUAUUGAUUGUGUUAGGCAUUGUGCUUGGUACCGCAUCUCUCUAUUUUCUCGGUGGAAACAGAGAGGAAUGUAUGCAAUGUGCAUGUGGGUUGUCCAGUUGCUACUGGUUCUGAGCAAUAUGGAUUCAGUGUUUAUAUACAUCCCUGAAUAUUAUCUUGAAGCGUUGGUUGAUUGCUUUCAUGUGUUGCGGAAAAGUGAUCCUCCCUUUGUUCCAUCCACAAUUUUCAUCAAGAGAGGACUUACUUCAUUUGUCACCUUUGUAGUUACUCAUUUCAAUGAUCCGAGAAUAUCAAGUGCAGAUCUUAGGGAUCUUCUUCUUCAGUCUAUAUCUGUCCUGGUCCAGUACAGGGAAUAUUUGGCUACCUUUGAGAGCAAUGAAGCAGCAACCCAAAGGAUGCCGAAAGCUUUACUAUCAGCAUUUGAUAACAGAUCUUGGAUUCCCGUGACAAACAUACUCUUACGGUUAUGCAAGGGUUCUGGUUUUAGUUUUUCGAAGAAUGGAGAAUCCUCUUCGUCAUCGGUCCUUUUCCAAAGGUUGCUAAGGGAAGCUUGCAUAAGCGAUGAAGGAUUGUUUUCAUCUUUUCUAAACCGAGUGUUCAAUACACUAAGCUGGACCAUGACUGAAUUUUCAGUUUCUCUUCGUGAAAUGCAAGAAAAGUACCAGGUAAUAGAGUUUCAGCAAAGGAAAUGUUGUGUGAUAUUUGAUCUUUCAUGUAAUCUUGCACGGAUUCUGGAAUUCUGCACUCGUGAGAUUCCUCAAGCAUUCCUGUCUGGACCAAACACUAACCUUCGAAGGUUAACCGAAUUGGUUGUGUUUAUCCUAAAUCACAUUACUUCUGCAGCCGAUGCUGAAUUCUUUGACUUGACCACCCUUAGACGGCAUAGCCAAUCUCCAGAAAAAAUUAACCGAGGCAUGAUAUUGGCACCUCUAGUAGGGAUCAUCUUAAAUUUAUUGGAUGCUAUAAAUUCGGAAGAUUAUCAAGAAAACAAUGAUCUUUUAGAUAUUUUUGCAAGCAUGGACUGUUCAGAUACUGUUCAAUAUGGAUUCCAGUAUCUUCUGGAUUAUAACUGGGAUGGAUCUUUCCGAGGGGAAGCUUAUGUGGCAAAAUAUGAGCAGCUAGAGAAUUUUCUUAGUCUCCUUACUUGCCGCACCGUAUUACAAGAUGAUAAAGUGGACAGUGCACCUCUUGAAUUGCCAGAGAUGUUUCUUUUGCAACGCAACAGUGACAAGUGUUAUCAAAAUUUGAUAGAAGACGACUGGCUAGGGAGCUUCUAUUUUGGUUGCUUGGUUCCUGAUGGAAUUUAG